CCCUCCCUCUCUCUCUGGCUCCUCCUCCAGCCCGGGCCCAGCGCCCUCUCUCUGCUUCCUUCCUCUCUCUGGGUGAGGCAACCGCUCCGGGGCCUGGAACACAUUGUGUAAGCGGCAGCAGGCGCCCCCUCCCCCAGCACUCAGCAGACGGGCACCCUCCCCCAGUAUAUACCAGCGCGACCACUGCCAGCCAACCAGUACCCCGAACAGAGCCCGCAGCUGUUGUUCCCCCCGGGCCGGCAAGCGCGCACACAGGCAGGCCCAGCAUGCAUAAGGAGAACCAGGCCCAGGAUGAGAAUAGUAACCCGCGGGAGGGGCCAGGGAGAGGCAAGAAGGACAAACUGAACCCCAGCGAGCUGGACAUGAAUCAUUUAAACAAGAGCCGGGCCAAGACAGGCACGUGGGACUCUAACGGCUUUGGGCCGGACCCAGAAAUUGAGUCGUUAGCUGGCCGGACCGAGGAGAGUGUUCCCCUCAGCCCCUCUAACUCUCUAAACCUUCGUCACCUGCGAAACUGUGAGAGAGACUCGUCAGGGCGACAACACCAACGGUCUCCUACCACCCAAUACCACCCUAACCAGUACUCCCACCAUUAUCACCACCACUACCGUCCCUUCUAUCGCAAAGGCUACUGGGACUAUGAAAGCCAGUACCGUGAUGGUAAACGAAAGGAGUGGGUGCCACGGCCUAAUGGAGGAGGUCGCACCCAACGUCCUAGGCACAGAGAGGCCUUAAAUUCUGCUGAUGGUUCAUGUGGAGAUGGCAGGAAGGAUCAAACCACCAUAGACAAGGGGAAAGCAGGCCAAACGGCAGUGGUAUCACGUCAACCUUCUCCCCCAGUCAAAGACGAGCAGGCCACAGACAGCUGGUCACUUUUUAAACCUUUGCCAGUGUUUCCAGUUGACAGCAGCAGUGCCAGGACACUGCCAAAAAUCAGCUAUGCUAGCAAGGUAAAAGAAAACCUUGAUAAUAAAGGACUAGUGCCCAGCUCGGCUCUCCGAACCUCCAAUGGGCUACCUAACUGCCUGCAGAACACAAACACAGCAGACCCCCACACAGAUAGCCCCUCUCCUGCCCCUGUCCCUACAACAGGCUCACUUUCUUCCUCGUGUUCUUCCCUCUCCUCCACACCCCCCUCACCAGUUAGUCAAGAGAACCUUGGUGCCAUUUUCCAGAAUGAAUGGGGGCUGUCUUUUAUCAAUGAGCCUGGGGCUGGACAAGCAGAGGUGAAAGGUUCAGAGGAAGAAAAAAUGGGAAGAGAGGAAAUUGGCGGAGGGGGUGAUAACUCAACAGAAGUGUUGGGGAGACUGUGCCUGCAUGGAUUUUUCGUGGAGGGAGAAGAAAGUGAGGAGAAUACAAAUUCUCGAAAAGACCUGGAGGCUAUGGUCACCUACAGCACUCAAGAGUGGGAUCGGGUGUGGAACCAACAUAAGAAAGAUCCUUCUCGUGUGGUGCUGUAUACAGAGAUACUGGAUGGAAAGGGUUAAUCUUCCCUAUAUGAGUAAAGGAGAGAGGGGCCACAAGGUCUGCAGGUCCCACGCACAAUCCCUUCUCCGCACAGAAUCCGCAGCGCGGGAUUUCAGAUACGCCACGAAUAACGUACCCCAAGAGAGAACCCUUUAACUCCUUCCCUCCUUGCAGUGCAGAAGGGGUUAAAAGUGGAAUUCCCUGGAGAAAUUUUUAAGUUUUCACUGUUCUCUUCCUCCUUAUCCUGAAUUUGUCUUGCACCUUGUUUUAUUUGUUUGCCUGCUCUUGGUAGAGGGGUCCAUGCUCUGUGGCACAUUGCCGGACUCCUUUCCCAUCAGUUGGAUUGUUUCUCUGCUCUUGGUAGAGGGGUCCGUGCUCUGUUGCACAUUGCCGGACUCCUUUCCCAUCAGUUGGAUUGUUUGCCUGCUCUUGGUAGAGGGGUCCGUGCUCUGUUGCACAUUGCCGGACUCCUUUCCCAUCAGUUGGAUUGUUUGCCUGCUCUUGGUAGAGGGGUCCGUGCUCUGUUGCACAUUGCUGGACUCCUUUCCCAUCAGUUGGAUUGUUUGCCACACUGGGUCUACCUGCUGACUUCUCAGUAAGGUAUUUUAAUUUUCUCAAAGGCCGCAAAACCUGCAGCCCAUGAUUUUCUGUUUCUCUCUUUAUUAUUUUUCUGCUGUGUCAAAUCAUCUACAGGGUUCCUUGCUGUUAAAAUAUAAAUACAGACUUCAAUUAACUUUAAUCCCUAAACGAUUUUUCUAUAAAAAAAUAAAAACCUGUUGAAAUCUGAUACGGUGCAGAUAUAGAUUAUGAAAGGGAUACAACUGUAUCAAUCUAUAUAAGGAGAAGGAACAUUUUUGGAAAUCCAAUUUCCCUUGUAGGUUUUUUGACACAUUCUUGUCUGUUUUUUUUUUUUUUUUUUUUAAAUCUCGCAUCCUAUUUUAACCUUUUCCCACAAUAUAUUGUGGCUGUGACAUCAAACUGGCAACUGUUUUCCUGCCGGCCUGGGAUUUAUAUUGUGAUUAAAGCAAAAUUUCUGUUUUAUUA